AUGGAGCUCUUCUCUGAUCGCCAACGACUGAUCAAUGCGGUGGUUAAAUACCUUUGUCUGCGCAAUCGUGUCAACAAGGACACGGUGCUCAAAGCCAAACAGGUCCUCGGAGAUGAGGUUUUGAUGGACCUGUUCUACACUCAGUCGAUCUACGUGUUUCUCGCCCGCACCAUGAACAGCUACUUGAUUGACUUCGAUGCGCCAAUUCCGGGAUUGGAGGACAUGCUCCGAAAGUACAACGCAACCAUCAUCGAACGGGAAAGCGCUUAUACGGAUUAG